AUGGUUUCUUCCGAGAGACGUCAAGUUGAUGAACAUGUCAGUAAGAUCAUUGAAAUGAAAAAUAAUGUAUUUUGCUUAGUGUGUCCCUUGCUCUCUCUCUCUCUCUCUCUCUCUCUCUCUCUCUCUCUCUCUGAAAAGAUUGUGCUUGCGCGUUUCAAUGACAUGCAGUUUCUCUCAGGAAGUUACAAUAUUUUUGUGGUGAUCAACCAGAAAACCAUUGGUCCUCCAUCCAUCGAUCUCCUAGCUAAACUAGGGGUAACAAAAUCUGACUUGUUACUACAUGAAUGUUCUAUUUCACUUACAUUUAACCCUGUGAGCUGUUUGGGGUUCCAGUUUAGUUCAGAAUGUGGGUCAUGA